AUGGAUUGUGUAGCUUCUAUAGCUGUGGGUAGUUGUCGGUAUAUUCGUCCACUUCGCGUUGACAUAGAAUUAAUGAAUAAUACUGUGAAAAAUGAACAAAUAAAGCAAGCGUGCUCGUCAUCGUACUAUGUUGCACCAAGUGAAUUCCAGGUUUAUCACAUUGACAAAGAAACAUCAGAAACAACUAUUGAUUAUCUAAUCGAAACAGCACAUCAAACAAAUGCUGUUACUGUCGACACAGAGUCCGAUCACUACACCGAUGAACCUGCGUUUGUCCAAGUUCAAUUAAUUCGUAUAAAUGGUCCAUCACCUAUUAUCUUGUUCGAAUGCGCCCAUUUACCUCCGUCCACAUCGUCUCUGUUUAAACAAAUCCAACGGCUGUCAUUAGCUAUUUUUAACAGUGGUAGAACGGUUUAUUCUUGGGGUGAAUUGCGGAAAGAGUUUGAACCUUUUCAGUGUUUUCAAUUAUUUCGAUUACCGUAUGAUACAAAAUUGGUUAACAUCCAGGGAGGCUUUAAAACGUGGUACAAUAAAUUCAACUUUGUCGAACAAAAUUUGACAUUGGAAGACGAUGAACCUGAUGUCUUGAUAGUCAACGUUCCAAAGUACGAAGUCAAUUCAUUCGUCCACUCCAUUGACACCAGCGCUUAUCGAGAUCCCAACAAUGCUUGGUCACUUCAGAAAGCAAUUGCUGUCACUUUUGGAACGUUCCUUGAUAAACGAUUAACAUUAAGUCGAUGGGCAUGUGGGCUCGAUCCGAAAUUACAAACAUGGAUGACAUCUGAGCUAACAGGUCAAGGUGAAUGGAAUAAACAACAAGUCGAAAACUACGAAGCGACGUUUGAACAAUUAAUUAGAAGAUCAACCGUUACAGAACCGACAACAAUUAAAUCGGUCGAUGUCCUGGUAGAUCAUGUUCCAGAUGAUCUACUAGUCUCGACAGAUGUUUUGGCUGCUCAAGUUCUAAAUGAUCGGUCGAUCUCCACAAAAACCACAACCACACGGACAUGGAAACACAAGACUCCGCACCGAACAGAACGCGAUCGCAAGCGACGAAGUCAUAAAACAAGUAUCAGAAUGCGCCGGAAACGCUACACAUAUGAAGUAAUACGAGACAUAUUUGAACGGUUUUCGAUUAGCAACGUCAAAUCCGUAUUACGGUCCUUGAGAAUUAAAUGGGUCAAUGUUCAUCUCGUUCGCCAUCGCAUGUUUCUUGGUUUGAAAGAUGAUACAACACGGAUACAGUGUGAACAACGCCUAACAGAAGAAUUCUUUACAGAAAAUCAUUAUCGGGCGUUGUAUCGAGUAUCAUGA